AUGUCGGGGACUGAAGCCACAACUUUGAUGACGAGUCGGGAGCCAUUCACCAUUGCACCCUCUUCCUCCGCCGUUCAUAAUUCUCCGGCACCGGCAGUAUCGCAGGCGCAGUUGGAUCAGUCUAUGCGCAUGGCCUACAGCACCGAUGGCAGUGCCACCUUGUACAGGCCCGUAGGAUCAUCCCCGCAGCCGUACAAUCCCGUCCCUGCUGGCGUCGCCACGGUUAAAAAUGUGACGAACUUGAACUCUGGCGAGCAGAAACGGAAGAGGGGGCGGCCGAGGAAGUACGGGCCCGAUGGUAGCAUGGCAAUGGGUAUGCCGUCAGCCCAGCGGCCUGUUGGCGUCUCUCCAACUCCGCCGACCAGUGCAACUUUCUCACAAUCCAUGGCUAGUCCAUCAUCUGUCGCAACUCCUCCGCAGCCGCCUCUUGGCGGAUCGGCCUCGCCAUCUUCCAAGAAGGGCAGAGGUAGACCUCGUGGUUCAAGCAAUAAGCAACAAAAGGAAACUAUGGGAUCAUCUGGUGUUGGAUUUACUCCGCAUGUUAUCAACGUGAAGGCAGGGGAGGACGUGUCUUUGAAAAUAAUGGCAUUUUCUCAAAAUGGUCCAAGGGCCGUUUGUGUCCUAUCUGCAAAUGGUGCUAUAUCAAAUGUGACACUCAGCCAAGCUGCAACAUCUGGCGGAACUGCAACUUACGAGGGGCGGUUUGAGAUUUUGUCCCUUUCUGGCUCAUUUAUGCUAUCAGAAGUUGGCGGCCAGAGAAGCAGAAACGGUGGAUUAAGCAUCACAUUAGCUGGUCCUGAUGGAAGGGUUCUAGGCGGUUGUGUGGCUGGUUUACUAAUUGCUGCAUCCCCUGUACAGGUAAUUGUUGGCAGUUUUAUAGCAGAUGGUCGCAAGGAAUCGAAACCAGCAAACCAUAUGGAGCCUUCAUCGGCUCCACCAAAUAUCAACCGGGGUGGUGCAAUUGGUGCCAGCAGCUCACCAUCUCACGGGACUCUGAGUGAAUCCUCUGGUGGGCCUGCUAGUCCACUCAAUCAGAGCACAGGACCUUUCAGUAACAAUAACGUUCAAGGCAUGCCAUGGAAAUGA